UCCAACCUUACCAUCUCCCCAUAUUACCCUCAUUUUCACAAACUUAACGAAGAAAAAAUGGCUUCAUCAGCCACCGAUUCGGAAUUCGUGACGUUAGUCUCGGGUGAUGGAUUCGAAUUUGUCCUUCCGCGUAGCGCGGCCUGUGUCUCUGGGACGAUACGUCGGAUGCUGGAACCUUCUAGUAAAUUCGCCGAGGCCUUGACAGGUCGCUGCACACUGGAGAAUAUCAGCGGAAUCGUCCUCGAGAAAGUCUGCGAGUAUUUUUGCUACAACGAGAAGAAUAAGAACCAGACAAAUGUUCCAGAUAUGGAAAUUCCGGCCGAGUUGUGUCUGGAGUUGUUGAUGGCGGCGGAUUAUCUGGAUACGUGAUUUUUGCCUCCGUACGGAGUAUGUUAAGGGUAAUUUCUAUUUGGAUGUCGUGCUAAUCAGGUCUCAGGUGGUAUACCUUCUCUUAUGCAU